AUGGCAACAUCUGAAAUGGCUGCAAGCGUCCCAUUGGGCGUGCAGAGAUCAGCCAUCGUGAUCCCAUGGUCCUUGCUGCUGUCUCCGGCUGUCCCGGCUAGGAUACAGAGUAUAAAUCCUUACAAAUCAUGUCAGAAGAGUCAUUCUUCCCAAGGUGAUUAUUCAAAGGAUUUUGAAGAUCUGAAUAGCUUUGAAGAGCUAUUUGGGCAGCAAUAUGAGCAUUCAACAGGGAAAGAAGAUUACAAUGGUAAUUACAUAGGGGAAUAUGCUAGAGUUAUAGGCAAACAGUUACAAGAACCUGGUCUUGUGGUGGAAAUAAUAUACCUAUGUAAGUCAGAUCUCACACGUGCACUCCAAGAAGUUAAAAAUGGGUUUUGUAUUCUUGAACAGACCAAUGUAGCACUUUCCUCUUGGACUGCAAUUGUGCUUCAUUAUGCUAUCAAAAGAAACUAUAUCUUCUCUGUAGUGCAUCAUAACAUGCCUGUGGAGGAUUCACUGGCUCUCAUACUUAAAGCUUUUGGCAAUAUAUUUGCUGAGUGUGAGCAACAGGAGUGUACCAGGGUUUCACACAAGGCAGCUGAUGUGGUAGAUGACUGCCUAGUGUGGGAGCUGAGAUGUACAGUGUGCCUCUGGAUGUUACAUAUUUCUGUUAAGCGUGGGAAAUAUCUGGAUUGGGUGGAGUUCAACUUGCUACGAGCUAUGACACUGAUCAAGAAAGAGUUUGGGAAAUAG